UAAUGAACAUUUCAAACGCUUCUGCGUUUCUUUCAAAAUCCUGUGUCUUACUUCCCAUUUGUAGGCUAAGAAAAGCAUAAAUAUUACCAUUCCAAGCCUUGGAAUUUUCACUGUUUCUCGUAUUAACUUGUGUUUGCAGAAGUGGAUUAAUGGAGGGCAAAGCCAGCAGCUCUGACCUUCCUCCCGGUUUUAGGUUCCACCCAACUGACGAGGAACUGAUCGUGUAUUACCUUCGUAAUCAAGCAAUGUCAAGGCCAUGCCCUGUAUCAAUCAUCCCUGAGGUCGAUAUUUACAAGUUUGAUCCAUGGCAAUUGCCCGAGAAAGCAUUGUUUGGAGAAAACGAGUGGUACUUCUUUAGCCCGCGUGAUCGGAAGUACCCAAAUGGGGUGCGGCCGAAUAGAGCAGCAGUGUCUGGGUACUGGAAAGCCACAGGCACGGAUAAGGCUAUCCAUAGUGGAUCUGAUUAUGUUGGGGUGAAGAAAGCUCUCGUGUUUUACAAUGGCAGGCCGCCAAAGGGGGUGAAGACUGAUUGGAUUAUGCAUGAAUAUCGCUUAAAUAACCCUCGUAAACUACCUAAUCAGCAUAAGGGAACCAUGAGAUUGGAUGAUUGGGUCCUAUGUAGGAUCUAUAAGAAGAGGAAUCUGGCCAAAGAUCUUUUGGAGCAGAAAGUGGAAGACUUCCAGCCUGCUCAAAUGGAUGAUUUAGUAACAUUUGGCAAUGAUGCAAGUGAGCAACAUAUUUCAACAUUUCCAAGGAUCUGUUCCAUUAGUCAUCUAUUGGAUAUGGAAUACUUGAGUCCAAUUUCCCAACUUUUGUAUGACAAUAAUUCAUACAAUACGACCUUUGAUUUCCACCACACCGUUGGCAAUGCUGGAAUUGACGAUGUUGAAAAAGCAAAGCUUGAUGAAAUACCGUACCAAUACCCAUUCAUGGAUUCAGGGAAUUGACGAUGUUGAGGGUUGGUUUGGAUGGUGAGAUGAGGUGAUGAUUUUAAAUAAAAGUUGAAAGUUGAAUAAAAUAUUGUUAGGAUUUAAAAAGUUGAAUUGUUUAUUAUAUUUUAUGUCAAAAUUUGAAAAAAUUGUAAUGAUGAGAUGAGAUGAAAUGAAAUUCUCUCAAUCCAAACAAAUCCGUGAAUCAGGAUGGCAGCUUUAGCCAGCCUAUAUUAGUUGUGAAUCCGGUGUAUGAUAUGCAUGGCUUUGACCGCUAAGCAAAUAAAAA